GGGAGGGGGCGUGGCCGAGCUGCCGCUGAGGGCGGGUCACGUGCGGUGCUGGUCACAUGACCCGGAGUCAGCUGACGCCGGGGCUGAUGGCGGCGCCGGAGUGAGUGACAGCUCCCGGGACAGGGACAGGGAAUGAACAGAGCCUCGGUGACAAUGAAUGGGCAUCCGGGUGGUGAGAGUGACUUGGUGUGGGAGCGGCCAUGGAGCGUGGAGGAGAUGCGCCGAGCCAGCGCAGGCUGGUCCCUGGGCGCGGACGCAGGGCUUCUCCUCUUCCUGCAAGACUUCUCCCAGCGGAUGUUAUCGCGCACACACGAGAUUGAACGCCAGUUGGAUUCCCUGAUCCAGAACACCAAGGCCACCGACUCCCGGCUCCACAGCGUCUUCAAUGACUUCCUAAUGCUCUCCAACACCCAGUUUAUAGAGAACAGAGUGUACGACGAUGAAGUGGAGGAGACGACACCCAAGCCAGAAACUGGAGGCAGACCCGCUGAGCCUGAGAAGACGCGGGAGCAGAAGGAGGCAGAGCUUAUCCCUAAGGUGCAGGAGGCGGUGAGGUUCGGGCUCCGCGUCCUGGACUCCGCCUUCGAACAGCUGGACAUCACCGCCGGCAACUCAGACUCCGAGGAUGAGGAGAGUGGAGAGAGCGCAGAGCCUCUGCUGGAGCCCAAGGACCUGUACGUUGACCGGCCACUGCCGUACCUCAUCGGCUCUCAGCAGUUCCUGGAGGAGGAGGACGUGGGGCUCGGAGACCUGUCCAGCGAAGGUUCUGUGGGCAGUGACGGGCGGAGUGUGCUCGAGAGCGAGGAGGAGAAAGAGCCCAAGGAGUCCGAUGAUGACUUUGCGGAUGAGAGCGAGGAGGAUGAGAAGCAACCGCUGAAAUCCAGCCGUAAAAUGCAGCUGAGCGAUGAUGAGGAAGAGGAGGGGGAUGACAAUGAUGAAGAUGAUGAAGAUUCGGACCUGUUCCGCGAGUCGGAGAAAGAGGAGGACGAGGACCAGGAAGCUGCCGGUGGGCAGAGGCCGGCGGGACAGACGUCCUUUGUAGACGAGCUUGCCGCCCGGAUUCAAGGUGACGGCACGCAGCAGGCAGGGCAAGAGAAGACAGUUUCCAAGACGACUGAACCUGCAGCAAAGAAACGAGAGAAAACCAAGAAAGAAACGCAAAGAAAAUGUGAAGAUGAGGAAGAUCUGUUCCCCGCUCCUCGUGAUGAUGAUGAUGUUCAAGGUGACACCUAUUCUCCAUUUGGCGGCAGAAGUGGCCUCUUCAGCGGAGGACAGGGGUUAUUUGACAACGAGUGGGAGGGAGACUUGUUUGCGGAGGCGCUGAAGGAGGAGCCGAGGGCGGUGAAGACAGUCGCUGCUCCAGAACCUGCCGUAACGAAAUCUGGGAAAAAGGUACCGGUGGGAGCGGUGUCUCUGUACCCUGGCGUUGAUCUGUUUGGCGGGAGUGUAGUGGCUGAGCCCAGUCGCAGGAAGGAGGUGCAGAAGGAGAGGAGAACAGCGGAGGCUGUGAAGCCAGCGAUCGCCAGUGGGCUCUUCGACGAUGAUGAUGAAGACGACUUGUUUGGAUCCGGUUUGAAACCUAAGUCCGCUCCCCCGAAGCCCAGAACGGCUGCGGUGUUGUUUGAGGACAGUGAGGACAGCGGCCUCUUUGAGCCUGCAGUGACUCCCAAACUCGGCAAAGACAAGCCCAAGCGGAAGGCCAAGAACGUGGACGAGCAGCCCAGAGCACCGGACGAUUCGCCGCCCCUGGCAGAAAAAUCCCAGACCAGCUCAGGACUCUUUUCCGAUGAGGAUGAAUCCCAGGACUUGUUCUCCACAAACUCGGACACUAAAGGAAACCAGCCGACAGUCCAGGCACCGGCACCAGUCAGUCACAAUCCGGUCUCGCUUUUUGAUGAUGAGGAUGAGCAUGUUCCGCAGAAGAAAUCACCGCCGUCCUCUGGCCCCAAACCUGAGCCUAAAUCCAGUGGGUUAUUUGACGGAGAAAAACAGGGUGGCUGGCAUGGCUCCGAGCAGCGCAAACCCACGGAUAAGCUGGCUCCAAGCUCCCAGGUGGGGAAGCCUUCACCGGACAGACAGACAACAGAAAAACCUGGGCCGGUCAGCCCCGCCCACAAAAAACUCAGCCUGUUCGACAAUGACUCCGAGAGCGACAACGAUGCGGAUUUGUUCGGGGUGUCGAGGAGAGAGAGUCAGAAGAAGUCACACAAGGUCUCGUUGCUGUUUGAGGACGAGGACGAUCUCUUUGGCCCCGCUCGCUCCGCUGGCAAAUCCACGUCCCCCCUACAGAAAGCAGCUGACUUGCCUGAAGCCUCGGGCAUCUUUGGUGAGGAUGAGAAGAAGGAUUUUGUUGACGUGACAGAGAAGAAGGAACAGGCAAUGCUUCAAGGGGAAGGCAACAAGCUGAGGCCAGUGGGCGGCAUCCCUCUCUUCCCCGGAAUCGAUAUCCUGGAGCAGAAAAAACAGGGAAACACGAAGCGGGAGCCGGCGGAGCCCGAGCCCAGCCCCUCCCUCUUCGUGGAGGAUGUCAAGAGCGGCGUGAGCUCCGUGGUCAGCCUGUUCGAUGAGGAGGAGGAUGUGAACUGGGAGGACAGCCUCAGCUUGUCCAGUCAGGCCAGUGGCGAUCUGCUGUCGGACACUGGUGUGAGCACCAGAGUUUUCCAGGAUGAGGAGCUACUUUUCAGUCACCACCAGCAGCUGGACAACGACCCCGAUGUUGAUCUCUUCGCUGCUGCUUUGAAGCCGGAGCUUAUGAAGGCGUCUGUGACGGGUGCCAGAGAACACGAGAGAGAUGAACCUAACUUCACUUCUGUUGCUGUGAAGCCGCCUCCAGUACAUAAGCGGGAGGCAAAGGGAGCGGGCGGUUGGACCAGUGCAGAUGUCACCCCGGCGACCAGACUCAGCCCCAGCACAGAGCAUCCCCGCGGACAGAAGCCAGAGAGCGAAAGACUGAGCGGUCCACACUGCACUAAAAUCAAAGCACCGUCCUCGCGCAUUGGAAAACUCCAAGCGACCCUGGCCUUUAAUCCGACCACACUGCUGCCGGGAGCAUCUCCCAGGAUUCCCGCUUCCCAGGGAUCAGCUUCUCCCUCGUCUCCGCCCGGACAGUCAGCAAAAUCAGCGCCGAGUCAGGAGGUUGGAGUCGGCUUCGAUCAGCCCGUGCAGGCAGACACGUUACACAGUGUUGUUAAGAGUCGUGCAAGGGUAGCGGGGAAGCGGAGACCCCCCACAAGGGGGGCUCACAGACUGGUCGCCCAGCGGUCUGACGAGCUGGAGGAGACGGACCAGGUUUCGGAGUUAGCUGACAAAGCCCCAGAGCAACUUCACAUCCCAUCCCCUCUGGGCAAACAAUCUCCCUCGGAGAUCGUGGUGACAGCCAAAUGGGCUCCUGCGGCCAAGGCUGACCCCCUCCUGGGCGCCAGGGCACGACCCCCAACCCCACCUGAUGCCCUCUUUGGCUCCGACCACCUGUUCUCCCCCAGCGCAUGUCAGGAGCCAACGGGACAGCCUGGGGAGGGCUCGGUCGCCAAGCGGCGGGUGGAGAAGGGGCCGUCGCUGCCCACGCUCGCCCAGGACCAGGGUCUUUAUCAGCCCCAGCGUCCGGCCGGCAAGAAGCUCAAACCGACUCCUCCCCUGGAAGAGAAGGAGGAGGAGGCGGACGAUCUCUUUGGAACAGCCAAAAGCAAGGGCAGUAGGAAGCAGCCCAAAGCCGCUGUGCACAGGGAAUCUAAAGCCCAAGACAUCUUUGAGGAUGACCUGUUUGCCACGGAAUCGUUGGCGGUGACAAAGAGAAGCAGCACGAGGCCAGGGGCCAGUAGUCUGUUCGGGGAUGGCGAGGACAUCUUUGCCGACUUGUCCGCAGUGAAACCCAAAGAGAAAAGGACCAAGAAGAAAGUGGAAACCAAGUCCAUAUUUGACGACGACAUGGAUGAUAUCUUCGCCUCCACUAGUGUGAAGAAGCCUUUGUCCUCCAAGCCCAGGGCGAGCCAGCCCACUGGAGCUCCGGAUAGCAAGACCCCCAACGUGUUCGACGAUCCUUUAAACGUGCUGGGGGGACAGUGAGCUUGGUAGCGAAUGCUCCCGGUUUGGGGGAAGAUCUCUGCGAGAUGUCAUCAGGGGGCAUGGGGCGGGGGGAGAGAGAGGAGGAGGUUUGUGUAUGAAGAUGCAUUGUGACAGGAAUACAUUGUACAAACAACAUUGCUAUGGCUAAACCUUCAA